AUGGAUGCCUCAGCGUUGCUUUCGGCGACUCUGUCGCCUGAUACCAGCACCAGAACUGCUGCUGAAGCGCAGCUCAACCAGGCCGCAGAGGCCAACUUCUCCGGAUACCUCACACAUCUCUCGCAAGAACUCGCAAACGAGCAAGCACAACCUCAAGUGCGCAUUGCCGCUGGUCUUGCACUGAAAAACGCCUUCUCCGCCCGUGAAUACACCCGCCUACGCGAAGUACAGCAACGGUGGAUCAACAAUGUCGACUCGAACGUCAAGCAGUCAAUCAAGGGCCUCGCCCUCCAAACACUAAAGUCCAACGACGGCAGAUCAGGACAGUCAGCAGCCCAGUUCAUCGCCUCAAUCGCCGCCAUCGAGAUUCCCCGCGAGCAAUGGCCCGAGCUCAUGCCCACCCUGGUGCAGAACGUUGGCGAGGGCGGCGACCACCAGAAGCAGGCAUCGCUCACCACCAUCGGCUUCAUCUGCGAAGCCGAGGACCAGGACCUCAGGGAUAGUCUCUCUCAACACUCAAAUGCCAUUCUGACCGCCGUCGUUCAGGGUGCAAGAAAGGAGGAGCCUAACGCCGAUGUCAGAAAUGCCGCCAUCACCGCGCUUGGAGACUCGCUCGAGUUUGUCCGCACAAACUUCGAUAACGAGGGCGAGCGCAACUACAUCAUGCAAGUCGUCUGCGAGGCCACUCAGGCAGACGACAACCGCAUCCAGCAGGGCGCCUACGGAUGUUUGAACAGAAUCAUGGGUCUCUACUACGACAAGAUGCGUUUCUACAUGGAGAAGGCUCUGUUCGGCCUGACCAUUCAAGGCAUGAAGAACGAUGAGGAGGAUGUAGCCAAGCUCGCUGUCGAGUUCUGGUGCACUGUCUGUGAAGAGGAAAUCUCUAUUGAAGACGACAACUCUCAGGCGACCGCCGAGGGCUCUACCGAGAUGCGCGAGUACUUCAACUUUGCCCGCAUCGCUACCCCCGAGGUUGUGCCCGUUCUGCUCGAGCUGCUCGCCAAGCAGGAUGAGGAUGCUGCUGACGAUGAGUACAACAUCUCUCGUGCUGCUUACCAAUGUCUACAGCUCUGGGCCCAGACUGUCGGUGGUGUUAUUGUCACCGCCGUCCUUCAGUUCGUCGAGAAGCACCUCCGCUCCGAGGACUGGCACUACAGAGAUGCCGCCGUCUCAGCCUUUGGUGCCAUCAUGGAGGGCCCCGACGAGAGUGUCCUUAGCCCUCUAAUUAAGCAGGCUCUGCCCGUCAUGAUUGGCAUGAUGGAAGACCCCGUCAUCCAGGUUAGAGACUCUGUUGCUUACGCUCUUGGCCGUAUCUGCGAGACUUGCUCCGACUCGAUCGACCCCGCCACACAUCUGCAGCCCUUGAUCAGCUCGCUGUUCAACGGCUUGUCCAGUCACCCCAAGAUGGCUUCAUCGUGCUGUUGGGCUUUGAUGAACCUUGCCGACCGCUUCGCCGGAGAGCCCGGCUGCCAGGAGAAUGCUCUGUCUGCUCACUUCCAGAACAGUGUCACCCACCUCUUGCAGGUCACCGAGAGAACCGAUGCCGACCACCAGCUUCGCACCGCCGCUUACGAGGUCCUCAACGCCUUCGUCACAAACUCCGCCAACGACUCCCUCCCCGUCGUCGGUCACCUUACCAAUGUCAUCCUCGAGCGUCUUGAGAGCACCAUUCCUAUGAGCCAACAGGUCGUCAGCGUCGAAGACAAGCUUAUGCUUGAGGAGAUGCAGACCAGCUUGACCAGUGUUGUCAUUGCCAUCAUUCAGCGUCUCGAGACCGAGAUCAAGCCUCAGGCCGACCGCAUCAUGCAGCUUAUGCUUCAACUCCUCAACACCGUUGGCCCCAAGUCUUCGGUUCCUGACACCAUCUUCGCUGCUGUUGGUGCUCUCGCCAGCGCUGUCGAGGAAGACUUUGCCAAGUACAUGGAGGCCUUCGCUCCCUUCCUUUACACUGCCCUUGCCAACCAGGAAGAGCCUGCCAUCUGCGCAAUGGCUAUCGGUCUUGUCAGCGACAUCUCGCGUGCCUUGAAUGAGAAGAUUCAGCCGUACUGUGACGCCCUGAUGAAUAACCUUCUCAACGACCUUCGCAGCUCGACGCUCGGUAACCAAUUCAAGCCCGCCAUCCUCCAGUGCUUCGGUGAUAUUGCUCAAGCAAUUGGCGGUGCCUUCGAGACCUACCUUUCGGUCGUCGCCCAGGUCUUGCAGCAGGCCGCUUCCAUCUCCGUACCCGACACCUCUUUCGAGAUGCUCGAGUACGUUGUCACUCUUCGUGAAGGCAUUAUGGAUGCCUGGUCUGGUGCAUUCAUGGCUAUGAGAACCGGUGGCAAGAGCCAACUCUUGGCUCCCUACGUCGAGUCGGUCUUUAGCCUUCUCCAGACCAUCUUCCAGGACCCCAACCGCUCCGAGGCUCUGCUUCGCACCAGCAUGGGUGUCAUCGGUGACUUAUCUGAGACAUUCCCUAACGGCGAAUACAGUCAGCUGUUCAGCCACCAAUGGGUGACCAACAUGGCCCGUGAAGUUCGUGCCAACAAGGAGUAUUCUCAGCGUACUCAGGACACCGCCCGCUGGGCUCGCGAGCAAAUCAAGCGCCAAUCCGCUGCCGCUGCCAAUGUCCAGAUGUCUUAG